AUGAAGGUUCUGCUCAUUUUAAUCUGCAUAAUGCAGAUGACAACCAUCACAUGGACAUUAACAGUUACUUGUGACUAUAAACAAGAUGAUUUUAUCAUUUUAAUGAAUAAAUAUAAAUGUGAAGUUAAAAAGGAUUUUAAAAUAACGUCCAAAAAUUCAACUCUAAUUACGAAAACAAUUGGUUCUCAUAAAAGUCGAAAAUCUAACGAUGAUGUUGCAGUCUUCAGCAUUAAAAAAUACACAGUAAAUUACUUCCCGACUGGACUUCAAAAACACUUUCAAAAUCUCGAAGGAAUCGUUAUCAAUUUCUGUAGUUUGAAGGAAGUUCAUCAAGAUAAUCUAAAGAUAUUUCCUAAUUUGACUUACUUGGACUUAAAUGAUAAUGACAUUGAAGUCAUCGAAGCUGAAACAUUCAAGAACAACCAAAAGUUGAAGCUUAUUUGGCUGAAAAGGAACAAAAUUUAUCACAUCGACUUGAAUGCUUUUAUUGGACCUACAGAGCUGACUAAUUUAAUCAUGGUUGAAAAUAAGUGUACAAAUUCCAAGGGGACAAAUGCCGAUGACGUCAAAAAAGUAAUUGAAACAUUGAAUUGCACAAGCCAGGAGUAUUUAGCAAAGAAGAACAAUGAACCAGUUGCUGAAAAAAUAGAGCAGCAAAUGCUAAAAAAUGAGAGCUUAGUCAGCAAUGAUUCUCAGUCAACCAGCAACCUCAACUUCCUCGUUAGCUCCAUCGAAAAACUAAUCAAUGAGAAGCUUAACGAAAAUUUCAACAAAACUCAAGAAUUAUUGACAAAUUUAGGAUUAAAAGUUGACAAAACAGAGCAAGACUUGACAGAAAUCAAGAAUCAAGUGGCUGAGCUUUACAAAAUCAACUCAAAAUCUUCAAACGACAUGCUUUCCAGACUUGAUUUGAUUCAACAAACUCAAUCACAACUUAUAUCCAAUUGUACUACCAAAUAUGAACCAUCCUCAAACAUAACUUUAGCCGACCUUAAAGAUACACUCAAUGCCAUGCAAGAAUCUCAAAACAAUAAUACUAAAAAGCUUCAAGAUCCAAUAAACUCACAAAAUAGUCCACAAUUAUCAAAUCUUACUCAAAGUAUAGCUACAAUCACUGAGGAUUUAGAAGAAGUUAAGAGAACAUUAAGCAAUACACAAACAUACGUCGUGGAAACAAUUCAAACUUAUGCUGACAACAACACAUCGGAACUUACAAAAGUCAAGCAGAACAUUGAAGGAACUGAAAAGAAAAUUAUGUCAAGCGUCCAAGCUGAGUUGAAGGCACUAAAAAGUGAUCUAGAAAAAGUAAGAAAGAAUAGCCAAAAUAAAUAUAAUUUUCCUAUUUUGACAACAAUUCCGACUACGACGAAAGCUAGUACGGAUAAAGAUCCAGAAAUAAUUGAAGAUGUGACUACUUUAGAUGAAUUAACAAUAGUCACAAACGAUACGACUACACAAUCUGUGGAUAACAAUGUAACCUUAACUACGGUAAAUGAAGAUAAAGAUUCCAACCAGGAUAAAACCAACUCAAGUACACAACCUCCUGAAAUUGAAGAAAGUUCAACAACAGAAGCUAUUGGAAAUUUGACUAUUCAAGCCGCGGAUUCUCAAAAUGCUUCGUUAACAAAUUCCACAGAAAAUAUAACAAGCUCAACAAUUCAAGUCGCAGAAAUAGCAAAUGAGUCAUCCAAACAAACAGCCGAAAACUCCACAACUCAAGAAGACUCAAAAGCUCAAGUAGACUUAACAGCUGAACCCGCUGACAAUGUAAACCGCUUAACAGAUAUUCCUGCAAACAAUGAAGUAGAUUCCUUACCAAAAUUCAUGGAGAAUUCUACAGAACAACCAGUAAACAAUGUUGAAGAGCCAACAACACUAAAAGACGCAACUGAUCACAUUAUAACACCGCAAACCGCAGUUAACAUCAACAAUUCAUCAACACAAGCAAUAAUUAAUACAAAUGAAGAUCCAGAAGGCUCUACAUCUGCUGAAAUAGAAAGCAACAGUGAAAAUCCGACAGUACAACAGGAAACCACAAUAGAAUCGUCUGCAAAUAAAACAGCUGAUGCUCCGCUGCUAUCAAAAGAUGAUGAAGUGAAGGCAUAA